UAGAAGUUUAGAUCAGAUCGUCUUCGCUUCGAUUGUUGAUCGGAGCAACAGCUGAGGGUCUGGUCCUUCUUGAAAUAUUGUUCUGAAAGUUCAUUUUUGCUUUUGUGACUUACACAGGAUCGUUUCGGUGACGCAACCCAUCUCAUCGAGACCAAAGAAUCGUGUCAUGGUAACCGAGAGGGAAAAGUUCCCUUCACUGAAUGGCGGUCUUAUCAGACGGGGAAGAGGAGGAGGAGGAGGAGGAGGAGGAAGUGGAAGCGGAAGUGGCAGGGGAAGAGGGAGAGGUGGGGGGGACGACUCCGUGUCCCCAGGGGGGCGCCUCGAGUCCCCCCGACCUGGGGGCAAAGGGAAAAUGUUGACCUUAUGCGCAGGUUUGUUAUUCUUCUUGGUGCUCCUGAUGCCCGCAGUGGCCAUCAACCCUCUCUCCACCCUCGAAUGUCAUCGACGUCAAUAUACUUACAAGGUACACAAGACUGACGACAACGGUCGAAUAUGUUGGGACUACAUCAACGUCAUGAGCUGCUGGGGGCGAUGCGACUCAAACGAGAUAGCAGACUGGAAGUUCCCUUACAAGAGGUCUCACCAUCCAGUUUGUAUGCACGAGUCGACGCAACUAACGGAAGUAACGUUACGUAACUGCGACGAUGACGUCAGUCCGGGGACGGAGAUUUACGCCUUUCACGAAGCUACCAGGUGCGCCUGCUUGGUCUGCAAGUCGUCUGAGGCUUCCUGCGAAGGCAUACGAUACCGAGGAGCCCGCCGUGCCCCUCGCGCCAAAAUGCCCAGAGGUUAAAAUGCCCCGCGUUCUAAAAAGUGUAUAUUUACUCCCAGAUUGUUGGAUCAUUUCUUUAUAUCAGGAAUUUUAAACCUUCGAUUAAAUAGUUUGUGCUGACACACGAAUUUCAGCGACAGAUACUGCAAAGAAAUACGUCAAUAUCAUUCUGGUUUUCAAAUGUAAAAGGGAGAAAUUUCUAUUUGAAGUUAGGAUCCAACAUUCCAACUUCGAAGGAAGAUUUAGAAAAUCUUCUUUCAAGCAAGCUCAUGGGAUUCAGAAAGAAGGCGAGAAUUCCUUUCCUUCUAGAUUUUCAGGACUUGAAAGAAAGGUUUAGAGAGGUCUUCCUUCAAGCUCUGGGAACUUCAAAGGAACGUCUACGAAUAUCUUCCUGCGAGUUCAAAGGGCUCUGACAGAAGAUUUGAAGAAUGUCUUCCUUCAGGUUGCGAGGACUUCGAAGGAAGGGUACGAAUAAUAUCUUCCUUCCACUUCUGACUGGGAAGGAAUAUUGAGGAGUAUCCUCCUUCAAGUUCUGAGGAACAAAGGCAGCGUUACAUUUUCCGAUUCCAAAAGUAAAAAUUUUCCCUUCUAUUUUAGGAAAAAUUUAUCUUUAUUAUUCGAAAUCAGAGAGAUACAAUGAAUAUAUAAGCAAAAAAUAAAAGUUCUACUUCUGAUGUACGAAAAACUAAAAUAC